UGCUCACCAGAGGAGACGGUGCACACCGGGGAGAGAGACGCAUGAGGGUUUCCGCGCAGGGGCUGGACUGACAACUCGGGAUUUGUCCUCCUGUCGGUGUCGGUGAGGAGAAGAGAGGGAAGGAGAGGAGAGAGAGGGGGGAUCUUCAGUGCUGGAGCGACCAGCCGCCUUUCUUCUAUCGGGGCUGCGGUAAAAAGUCGUUCACGAUGCCGGUGUUUCACACCAAGACCAUCGAGAGUAUCUUGGAGCCGGUGGCCCAGCAGAUCUCCCACCUGGUCAUCAUGCACGAGGAAGGGGAGGUGGACGGUAAAGCCAUCCCAGAUCUGACGGUGCCGGUGGCCGCGGUGCAGGCGGCAGUCAGCAACCUUGUGCGGGUGGGGAAAGAGACUGUGCAAACCACCGAGGACCAGGUGAUGAAGAGAGACAUGCCUCCUGCAUUCAUUAAGGUGGAGAAUUCGAGCUCUAAGCUCGUCCAGGCCGCUCAGAUGCUGAAGGCGGAUCCGUACUCCGUUCCUGCACGAGAUUACCUGAUCGAUGGAUCCAGAGGGAUACUGUCUGGAACGUCCGAUCUGCUCCUUACCUUUGACGAGGCAGAGGUGCGUAAGAUUAUUCGUGUGUGUAAAGGUAUCCUAGAGUACCUGACAGUAGCCGAGGUGGUGGAGACCAUGGAGGACCUCAUCACUUACACCAAGAACCUGGGACCAGGGAUGACCAAAAUGUCAAAGAUGAUCGAGGAGCGGCAGCAGGAGCUGACACACCAAGAACACAGACAGAUGCUCGUCAACUCCAUGAAUACUGUCAAAGAGCUGCUGCCUGUUCUUAUAUCAGCUAUAAAGAUUUUUGUCGCAACCAAGAGCAGUCGAGGCGCCGGUGUUGAGGAGGCAGAGAGGAACAGACGGUUUACCUUUGAAAAGAUGAGCGCUGAAAUCACGGAGAUAAUAAGAGUCUUACAGCUCACCACAUGGGAUGAAGACGCCUGGGCCAAUAAGGAUAUGGAGGCUUUGAAGAGGUCUCUGGCUUUGAUUGAGUCAAAGAUGGCACAAGCUAAAAGCUGGCUCAAAGACCCCCAUGGACAACCAGGAGACCCCGGCGAGGUCGCCCUGCGUGUGAUACUGGACGAAGCUGGUAAGGUUGGAGAGCUGUGUGCCGGGAAGGAGAGGAAAGAUAUACUGGCAACCGCUAAGGCUCUGGGGCAAAUGACUGACCAGGUUGCAGAUCUACGAGUCAGAGGCCAGGGUCCGACCCCGGGGUGUGUGCAACGUGCAGGCCAGUGCUCACAGGGCUUAGACUUGUUAUUUGGCAAAGUGGACAGUGCUGCUCGCAGACUGGAGGCUCUAAUCAAUGCCAAGCAGGCCAUUGCCAGGAGGCUGGACGCUGCACAGGCCUGGCUCGCUGAUCCUAACGGCGGUCCUGAGGGCGAGGAGAACAUCAGAGCACUACUAGCCGAGGCCAAACGCAUUGCAGAUCUAUGUGAAGACCCCAAAGAGAGGGACGACAUCCUGCGCUCCAUCAGUGAGAUCGCAGGCCUCACCGCCAGACUGGUGGAGCUACGCAGACAGGGAAAAGGUGACAGCCCGGAGGCCCGUGCAUUGGCAAAGCAGAUUGGAUCAGCACUGCUGACCCUGCAGUCUAAAACAAACCGCGCCGUGGCCAACAUGAGACCCGCCAAGCCUGCCGUCACCUUGGAGGGCAAGAUGGAGCAAGCCCUCCGCUGGGCGAACAACCCCGGAGUAGACGACAGAGGAGUAGGUCAGGCAGCAAUCAGAGGAAUGGUUGGAGAGGGGAAGAGGCUGGCAGGAGGCCUGAUAGGCCCGUAUCGGCAGGAUAUGAUUGGACGCUGCGACCGAACGGAGGCUCUAAUGACAUCUUUGGCAGACAUGGCCGGCAGGGGCGAGGCCGAGGCUCCUCAUGCACGAGCUACAGCUGCACAACUGCAGGACAGCCUGAAGGACCUGAGGCAGCACAUGCAGGAGGUGAUGACCCAGGAAGUAUCUGACGUUUUCAGUGACACCACCACCCCGAUCAAACUGCUGGCUGUGGCUGCAACAGCUCCCCCUGAUGCCCCCAACAGAGAGGAGGUUUUUGAUGAGCGUGCAGGGAACUUUGAGACCCAUGCAGGUCGGCUGGGAGCCACCGCAGAGAAAGCUGCUGCAGUGGGAACAGCCAAUAAGGGGACAGUAGAGGGGAUACAUGCUGCUGUGAAACAUGCCAGGGAGCUCACACCACAGGUGACCUCUGCUGCUCGGAUCUUGUUGAAGAAUCCGGGAAAUAAAGCCGCAUACGAGCACUUUGACACCAUGAAGAACCAGUGGAUUGACAAUGUGGAGAGACUCACUGGUUUGGUGGAUGAGGCCAUUGACACCAAAUCUCUGCUAGAUGCUUCUGAGGAUGCCAUAAAGAAAGACAUUGACAAGUGCCGAGUUGCCAUGGCGAAUGUUCAGCCCCAAAUGCUUGUUGCCGGGGCAACAAGCAUAGCAAGACGAGCUAAUCGGGUCCUGUUGGUGGCGAAGAGGGAAGUGGAGAACUCUGAAGACCCGCGGUUCAGAGACACAGUGAAACAUGCAUCAGAUAUCCUCUCCCACACCAUCUCACCCAUGGUAAUGGAUGCUAAAGCUGUGGCUGGGAACAUACAAGAUAAAGCUCUUCAGAAAGCCUAUUUGGACUCGUGUCUGAGGAUCCUGGCUGCAGUUGGAAAAGUGAGAGAAGCUUUUCAACCUCAGGAGCCGGACUUCCCUCCUCCACCACCUGACCUGGACCAGCUUCAUGUUAGUGAUGAGCAGGCACCACCUAAGCCCCCCUUGCCAGAGGGCGAGGUGCCCCCGCCUCGGCCCCCUCCUCCAGAGGAGAAGGAUGAGGAGUUCCCCGAGCAGAAGGUUGGAGAGGUGGUCAGCGAGCCCAUGAUGGUGGCGGCCAGACAGCUGCACGACGAGGCACGCAAGUGGUCGAGCAAGCCUGAGGAUGAGGAGGCAGUAGAGGAGAGGGAGGUAGAUGAUGAAGAUGAGUUUACUGAUGGUGAAGAUGACUAUGAGCCAGAACUGCUGAUGAUGCCCUCCAACCAGCCUGUCAAUCAACCCAUUCUGGCAGCUGCCCAGUCUCUCCACCAGGAGGCUCGCAAGUGGUCCAGCAAGGGUAACGACAUCAUAGCAGCAGCUAAGCGGAUGGCUCUGCUGAUGGCAGAAAUGUCUCGGCUGGUGCGUGGUGGCAGCGGAAACAAGCGAGCGCUGAUUCAGUGUGCUAAGGACAUUGCCAAGGCCUCAGAUGAGGUGACGAGACUGGCUAAAGAAGUGGCCAAGCAGUGCACUGACAGACGCAUCAGAACUAACCUGCUGCAGGUGUGUGAACGAAUCCCUACCAUCAGCACUCAGCUGAAGAUCCUUUCUACUGUCAAAGCCACCAUGCUGGGACGAACUAACAUCAGUGAAGAGGAGUCAGAGCAGGCCACAGAGAUGUUGGUCCAUAACGCCCAGAAUCUGAUGCAGUCAGUGAAGGAGACCGUCCGAGAAGCAGAAGCCGCCUCCAUUAAGAUCCGCACAGAUGCAGGGUGCACACUUCGCUGGGUGCGCAAGACCCCGUGGUACCAAUAAACAAACCUGCUUGCUGAAAUAGUAAUCACUCAGUUCAGGCGGCGCCAAUAGCACACACCUCGAGUAGAAGCAGCAGCAUGAAAACUCAUCAUGAGUAAACGUGUUUACUUCUGCAAAGAGGAAACUGGUGAAGUGGUGUGUACUGGGAGCCGGUUUCAUUUAUUCGAGCUUUGCUCUCCAGUUCUCUGUAUGUGUAACUGUGGAAUCACGUAGGAGACAGUUUUUAUUAAUAUAUAUUUUUGGUAUGUUGUGUUACAAGAAUUUAUCAAAAUCCCAGGUAUAUAUUUUUUGCAUGAAAAUUUUUUUCUAUUUUCUAAAGGCAAAUUACGACAUUAAGAUUUCUCCUAGAGGACAUUUACUUUAAAUUGAGUUUUUUUUUCAGUGGGAGUUUCUUAUUGUCUAUUGUAUAUACAGUAAUUAUUUGUUUUAAGGACAACACUCAGCUAUGAGCUUUAUACACUGAGUUAGACACUAAAGUGUGGAGUCUUGUGUGAGCUGACGAGCUCUCCUCUCUUCAUGUUUACUUUUAAUGAUAACACUGUUCUUAACUGAAGAUCUAUGAAUGCAAACGUCAUCGCUGCUGCCCGGUGAUGUUUAUACUUGAAGAACUAAAAGGUCUUCUGGAUUAAAAGUGUUAUAGGCAAAUAAUAAAGUUACAAAAGUGAUUGUAUAAUUUAAAAAAAUAUAUAUGGUUGUCAAUAAAUAAUAAUAAUGUUGAUUGCAGAAAGUUGAGACUUAAUAGAUAAAAGGCUUUCAGAUACAGUUGCAGUAUGAGUGACAGUAAGUCGAGAUGUUUUUAAUGGUUUUUUGAGUUGACUUUAUUUAUCUUUAACAGUGAACAAUGCCAAAGGAUUUUUUUCUGUUACUGUAAGCUUCAUCUGAACACUUAAAAUCCAGGUAAUUACAAACAACAGACAAUUUUAUUUAGAGAUGCUGAAGUACUUUUUGAGGUCUGUUAUUUUUUUAGCAAAAAAAAGAGAAUGUUUUCUCUUUUUUUAACUGAUUGUAGUGCGUUGUUUCUGCACUAUCUCUGUAACAGUUGAACUGUUUGGGUAUUUAAUUCAAAAUUCAUCAAAACUGACUUUUAGACCGCCAUUCAACUUCCUGCUUUUAGACUUUUCUCCAUGUGUGUCCCACUCUGAUACAGAUUUUCUAGACGACCCCGGUGGUUUGAGAACAAAUGUGAAAUCAGGCAUUGAUGCCAGUCUAUUUUUUUUUUUUUUUUAAGUGUUUAGGUGUUUUGUCUAGAUAAUGACACAGCAGUUUCAGGAUUAAUGAUUAGUAACUCAAUAUUAAACACAAUCAGAUCAACCAAUACAUAUUUUUAUUCCCUUAACAGUAUUUCAUCCACAUUUUUACAAUGGCUGGGCAAAUUUAACUAUUAAAUGGAGAAUGUGUAUGUGUGUGUAUGUGUGAAGCCUCUUCACUUAAUCAGUAUUAGUGAGCGGUCCCCUUGGUGGUUAGGGACGGAGCUCUUAAUGUUAACUUGCAUUUUCAUCUUUAUUUGGGCCUACUGAGCAUGUAGCAGUCACUGACCCCUCACUGAGAGCGACAGGGUGUACUUCUGUGUGUACUUGAUGUGUUCAUUCACACCCUGAAUGUAUUCUGAUAGCUUCUCACCCUGCCAACACAUCUGCUGUGCCUUGGAAGAAUAAAAUAUAUAUAAUAAUGAC